GUGACGUCUGUUUGUUUUGUCGUGUCUAUGUGCGUAGUUUCCAGUUGUUUAAGCCAAAAUUACAACUUAAAAUAAUGCAUAAAAAUGUUUAUUACAUGAAAAAUGUUUUGUAAACUGAGUGGAAGUGUACUAGUGAGCUAUCUGAUAUAAGUGAUCUAUUUGCAGAUUGAAAAAAGGUAAAUCAUGGAAGUUGAUGGAAGAAAGUCAGACAAUGACAAUGAGAAUGCCUCAACAGAGUUCGUUUUACAUUGUCAGCCGUGCCUGAAAGACGGUAGGGAGAUCAGCGCCAAUGGUUUCUGCAAUAUGUGCAAGGAGUUUAUGUGUGAUCCUUGUAUAUCUGCCCACAAGAGGUUCGCCAUGUUAAGAAAUCAUGUAAUCCUAACGAAAGAUAAAAUGCCUUCUUUUUAUAUGAACAAAGACAAAGCUGAUUUUCUACCUACCGACCCGUGCCAUAAACAUAGUAGUGAAAUGAUAAAGUUUUAUUGUCCAACCCAUGAUGACCUUGGAUGCUCAGACUGCGUUGUGUUACACCACAGAAACUGUAAGGUUGAGUAUUUGUCAGAGACAGCAAAACAAUACAAAGACUCCGAGGAGUAUAAAACACUAAACGAAAACAUUGAACACAUGAAAACUGUGCUUUCCGCUUUACACAACGAAGUAAAUUAUUCCGAAGCGUUCAUAUCAGAAAACAUACAAGAAGAAAUACAGAAACUGAGGACAUUUAGGGCACACAUAAAUCUUGUUCUGGAUACAAGAGAAAAUAUGUUGCUGAAAAGUAUGAAAGAAAAUGAGAUCAAACAAAAAGAAAUACUUUCAAAAUUGAGAGAUGGAAUAAAAGGCUUAAAACAGACUCUAGCAGAAACGACAACAGACAUGCAAACGACAGAAAAACAGUCACACCAGCACUUCAUUCAUGCGAAAAUGGCCAAGAAGCAACUUGUGAAGCUGCAAGGAGAAAUCAAUAAGAUCAACGCAGACAUAAUUUUGGACACGUCUGUUUGUUGCACAUUUUGGACAGACAAACACACUGAAGCUCUGAUCAACUCUUCAGACUUCUUCGGACGUGUCGACUUCUCCAAUAAAGGAAUAACAUCAGAGACAGACAUCGAUCUAUCUACUGUGGAAUGGACAAAAGAUGCCGAGCUGGACAUUUUAUGCACAGAAGACAUACUCAGACCCGGGAUAACAAGUUCCGCUCUUGUGGAACCAGGAAAAUGUCUUCUGGUCGACGCUUUUAAUAAAUGUCUUAAACUUGUAGAUAUCAACGACAACAAGAUCUUGUCACGCACUGAACUGCUUGGAUCCCCCUGGCAGGUGUGUGCCCUCCCUAGCGGCCACGCAGCUGUUGCUCUUCCAGAUAAAUGCAAAGUACAAUUUGUGAGCCUUAAAAACGAUUCAGUAGUUGCUGGUAUACAUUUUGACGUAUCCGGUUCAUGCUAUGGACUAGCUUACACUGAUAAAAGCCUUUUUGUGUCCUACAGACAAAAGAAAAAUGCACCAGCACGCUCGUAUGUAGAAAGACUAUCGAUGACUGGAGAAGUGUUGCAAUCGAUGAUAACAAAUGCUUCAGCUCCGCGUUAUCUAACCGUUAGCUCUUCUUCAAUUUACUUGUCUGAUUCUGCUGUUCAACAAAUCUAUCAACUUGAUUUCAAUGGAAGUUUGCUGAGCAUGUAUGACGACCGGUUACUAGCAUUGCCAUCUCAAUCCAUCAACGUCGGAAAGGAACGAAUCCUAGUGGGUGCUCGCCUUUCUGAUCGUAUAGUUUUGAUAAAUGGAAAGAAGAGGAACCUAAAAGUUAUCAUAUCUUUAAAAGACUUUGGGUCCCAGAAUGACCCGCGCAAUUUAUCAUUCUGUCCAGUGAGCAGAAAACUUCUGGUUGGAUUGGAGGUCUUCAGUGCUGUUAUUUAAACGUAUAAUUAAAACUACUUUGAUUGGUUCCGUAUGACUGUACAUGUAGGAUGGUUGGUACGUUACCGAUUGUUUUAAUGUUUGAUGUUAAUGGAAGAUACAAUGCAACGAAAUUUUGUAUUCCAUUUAUUCAUCUACAUAUGUACAACAAGAACGCAGCAAGUCAACUGUACGUCUAGCAGUAUAACAGUAUAAUUAAACUCUAGAGAGGGGAGUACAUGUAUCAUAUUACUUAAGCUAAAUAUUAAAUAUCAGAACACCGAUCAUGUUGGGAAAAGGACAUGUUACGCAUCAUCGUAAAACCGUACGUUAAGAAGAAAAGAAACGUGAACUAUCAGAUAAUGUUAUUUAUCUCUUUCAAAAAUACACAAAAAACAUGCCUUUGUUUGAAAAUAAAAUAAAAAGAAGAUAUAGCUUAUAUUAACAAAGUAAAUCUGCGACAUCAAUGAUGUUUACCUGUUUCUUGACUUUUAGAAAAUCAUUUAUAUUUCUCUAGAAACUGAAGUGUUUAUUAUGCACAGAAAACAUCUGAUAGUGUGUCGAUAUGUAAGGACACAGUGUAAAUAAGCGUAUAAUAUCUAGACUCUAAGUAUCACUUAUUUCGUUCAUGUUUUCUGUGAAUUGAGGUGUUUUAUCAGUGAAAUUAAACAGUGAACAUUUUCACUGCCAACUAAGAAGCGAAAAUAACAAUUUUAAGAACUACUUUUAAAAUCAAUUGCUGUUACUUCCCUUUGAUAAAAACUAAGUAUCUCAUUUUUAAAACAGCAAAUUAUGUCAAAAAUAAUAAUUAUAUAAUAAAAUGAGCAUUGCU